AUGACCGAAGAGGAGCAGCUUCCACGCAAGUCUUUGGAGAUGAAAAUUCAAUCGACUGAAUAUUUUUCGCCCAUGGAUAAGCCGUGGGGAAAUCGCGGCGAGCGCGGUGGGGCACCUUGGUCUGACGAGUACGGUGCUGAGGAGCCGAAGGGACUUUGGAGGGGGGCGUCCACCACUGCCGCUGUGGAGGAGUUGAGUCCUCAAGCGCGUAUGGCCGUGGAGCGGUGGAGCGACAGCGGAAACGCGUGGAGCGCCGCGCUUGGAGCGGCAGCGGGAGCGGGCACAAUACUUCUGCUCGCGGCAAUCCUCCUGCUGUGGCGUAGACCACGCAGGACCGAACCACCAACCCUCGCCCCGAUGGACGUUGGGCAGAACCUGCUGACGUCU